UCCAACAUUCAGACCAAAUUCAAAUAUGACAAAACUUACGAAUAUUUUGCAUAAAAUUGAUAAAAAUCAAACGAGGAUUCGUAAAACAAGGUAUUCCUCUUUUAUAAAAGAGGAUCCUUCAUCAAUUAGCGAGAGAGACUCUAACAAAAAUUCACAUACGAUCUUUAAUGAGAAGUCAUGCCUAAAGGAGAGUUCAACUGAGUUACGAAACUCUUUAGACCUCCAAGUAAGGACUUCUGCAGAGCUAUUCCACCAAAUCUCUCAGAGGAAUAACUUGUCUGUGGAUAGGCCGAGGAAGUUCAGUCUGAGAGGAAAGAGAUCAGGGUUUAGCUUCACGCCUAAUUUUGCCACUACCAGUCAUAGUUUCGUCAACAAAUCCCUAUUCAGGAAACAAGUGUUUAAGAACAAGAGUGAGAUUUCUAUAAGGAAUAUUGAUAACAAAGUGCACUCUCUUUUUAGCCUGAAUGCUCCCUUAUAUCAUAAAAGAAACCAGUCACAGCUAGAGAAUCUUCGAAGACCAUUGCUGAAGGCAUCCAGUACUAACUGGAGCAGGAAGAGGUAUGAAAGCCAUAAAUUUUCAAAAAUUAAAAUCUCGGGCAUAAACGAGGACAAGUCUAAGCACUUUAAGUCAAGGGUUGGUGGAUAUCAGAGUAAUGCUUCAAAGCUCUAGGCACUGCAUGGGGAAGCCAGAGAUAUUUUAAGAGUAGUUCGCCUCCCUCUUGUGGCCCUAUUCUCAAUCUGAGCUCAACUUUAAUCUUCCCUCAAGAGGAGAACAAGAUUGAUUUUAUCAAUGUCCCAGUCAAUGAAGAGGAAAUUGUGAUGUCUCUGCUUGAUUACCAAAAUGUGAAGUCAGGCGUAACUACACAAAAGGGUGCCAAUGGAAAGCUAUCCUCACUUGGUUUCAAAGAAAUCCUUCAGAAAGUAGGAAUCCCAGCAAAUGUCAAAUAAGAUGAAAGGUCUCCGCUCUACUAUCAAAUCUGAUAUUGACUUGAAAAAGAUAGUUAAGGGUCUUAAUACUAAUAAAGUGCUGAAGAAAGCUCAAACCAUCAAGAAGGUCGGAAAGAUCCAAUUCAGAAAUUCUGUGAAGCUUGACCAUGCAUUUUUAGACUAUCAGCAGAAACCUCAGAACAUAUUCGAGUUAGCCAGCGAUAAAUCAAUUAAGGUAGAUUCAAAGUCUAAAAAGGAAGAUGAUGAUAUAUUCAAGAGUGAAACUUUUUACUUCUUAAAUAACCUUCCUCUUUUCAAAGAGCUAUCUUGUACAAAGGAUCAGUCGCUAUAUCUUAAAGAUUCAUUCAUAUCGACAGGUAAGAGAUUGAGCUAGUACUAUCGAAUUUAUUUUGAGUUUUUAUAUGUUAAAAACAUGUUCAUACUAUUGCCCAAAAUUUAGGAAUUCUCACCCACAAUACUCCAAUUUACAACCAAGGCGAUAAAUCUGAUGUUUU